AUGACUCAGGUGCCUGCUGACUACCUGUCCACCACCAGCUCCUAUAACUAUGAGCAGCCCCUUCCCUCUGUGGCUCGGACAAGUACUAUCACCCAGGUUCCCCCAGCCAAAAAAAUAACCUUCUUCAAGAGCGGGGAUCCUCAGUUUGGGGGAGUAAAGAUGGCCAUCAAUCAGCGAAGCUUCAAGAGCUUCAAUGCACUCAUGGAUGACCUCUCCCAUCGGGUUCCAUUGCCGUUUGGGGUACGAACCAUCACCACCCCACGAGGAAUACACUGCAUCAGUGAGCUAGACCAGCUGGAGGAUGGAGGAUGCUACCUUUGCUCUGAUAAGAAAUAUGUCAAGCCUAUCAGCAUUACUUCUGCUGGACAGAGGCCAGGCCCUCCACGAAAUGGCCGUCCUUCCAGUACUUUGAGGAGAGCAGCUCAGGAGGGAAGGCUUGAAGAUUAUUCCACACCUUUCACUCAGCAUGGCCCCAGAAUACCUAAGAAAAUCACUCUACUUAAGAAUGGAGAAAUUGGUUUCAGGCGCUCCAUUAUCUUGCAGUUCCCGGUGAAGAAGCUCUACACUGUUGAUGGAAAGAAGAUCGACAGCAUGCAGGCUCUGCUUCACUGCCCCAGUGUGCUAGUGUGUGUGGGCCGGGAACCAUUUAAACCUGUACCAGUGGAGAAUUUGAGGAAACACUCUGCUGAGAAGCUGCCUGGCCUGGCUUCCCGUUCCAAUGGCAACAAUAUCAAUGAAAACAAUGAAAUGGUACAUGUCUGCACGGAACGAGUGCUGCUCUGGCAUACACUGCCGCAGCCGUGCUUCCUGGCACGUGAGCGGACUCCAGUGAACUUCGGACUGAAAGCCAAAAAAAGCGUAAUUCAUCCACGGUCAGCAUCAAGCAAUAGGUCAAUGAGAUUUUCUUUAUCAUCAGAAAAGUCCUAUCCAAAUGGUCUCACUACAUCACCAGAUAAUGGUGCGCCUUUCACAAACAAUUAUGCACAUGCAAAACCUGGGGACCUGGUCCAUUCCUUGGUCAACGAUGACAUAGAAAAACGGGUACAUGUGAACAAGGACGGCAGUCUGUCUGUAGAGAUGAAAGUCCGCUUCCGCUUGCUAAAUGAUGAGACUUUGCAAUGGUCCACCCAGAUCAAAAAGUCCAAUUUGAUGAGCCAGAUGCCUUGUGAAGAGUCAGGUGUAGAGGAGGACAGCGGAGUAGACCCCAUAAACAAAAUGAACCCAGAAGCCAGCUCAGAAGCAGAUGAUUCAUUAUAUCCAUGUGAUGUUGAUUCUUACAUGUCAAAACUCGAGGAAUCAGAAUGUGAAGAGGCUCAAUGUCAUAGCUGUGGCAAGAAGCAUCAGGACUAUGACAUCUGGAAAAACCCCAUGCACAGUUCGCAGAGGGAAGAGCCCAGUGUACGGAGCACCUGGCACAAACGGUCAUCAUGCUCCAGCACAUCUUCCCGGAGGAGGGUAGUCCACAAAAAAAUGGCUUCUGUGGAUAGCCUCCACACCACAUCCAGUGAGGAAUUCUCUGAGCACAUUGUGCGAGAGUCAUCAUCCUACUCAGAGACUAUAGAGAACAGGGUGGCAUAUCGUUCCAUUAAAAAGUGUACAUGUCGAAGCGAUUUGUCUACAGGUGCUUCCAAUGGAGAUCAGCAAGAAUGCACCCGGACAAGCACAAGCAAUAGUCAGAGGCCUUCCUCUUUGGGUUUAGCAUCACAUUCAAGCUGUGAAAACAACCUGGAUCCCCAAGAAGUCCCUGAAGACCAGGAGGACAGCAAAACCAAUUCACAGAACGGAGAUGAAAAUUGCUUUGAUGUUUCCUCUGUGAAGCACAUGAAGGAGGAUGCAGAGGAGGAUGAAAGCAGCAGAGUUGGGAGCAUCUUGUCAAGGUCAUCUCUGCAAUCCAGACAGAGCAAGAAGAACAUAUGUGAGGAAACAAGUAGCACGGGUAGGAGCAUGUCCUCCUCCAGCCUUCAGAAGGCAAAUGAAGAAGAUAACACUGUAUGCUCCACUCCUGCCAACAGUAGGCACAGCAGGUCUAGUAACUGUAGCAUGCCAAGAGCAAAGAGUGAACAGGAUGACCACUCUGAAGACAAUGUGGUGGUCUCCUCCUUUUCCAGUGAGUCCUGCCCUAAGAAAGAGUCUCAAGAGGCAGAAGUGGAACAAGAGAAAAAUGAAAUCAAUGAAGUCAGCUCAGUGUCACCAAAAACAAAGCCCAGCCAAUCAGUCAGAGAUGAAAGCAGUGAAGGUGAACGAUACUCUGCACAAGGAACCCUCCGCUCCAUAGCUAGUGACGGGCACAGCAGGAGAAGUGACAGUGAUGAAAUCAUUCUGUGCAAUGCCUCUUGCUCUUCCAGAGGAUCCAAGAAGAGCAAACACAGUCAUACGCAUCUGGAUGCACAGUCUGAAAUGUCUGUGUCAUCUCUUGAAUCCACUCAAAAUAAAAAGAAUUCCCUACAUGCAGAUGAGCUGAGAUCAUGCAGCAGGGUAUCUAAUUACUCCAAAAGUUCAUGUGAAGUCAAGAAAAAAACUAUGAGAGAGCUGAUGUCUCAUAAUUCCGGCUCUUUUCACUCAAACAUUUCAUCUGCUAAUGAAUCAGAGGCAAUUGCUGUUAUUACUGAGAAGAAAAGCUCAAAAAGUACCACUAACGGCUACAGUGAAUCCUCAAAAGGUUCAAAGAAGAGAAGCCAGAGGGAAGAGAAUAGCAAGCCAUCAUCCCUGUGCUCAAGUGUUUCAAGCCCUAAUGGAAAAGGAGGAGAGUGUCAUUCCAAGCUGAAUUCAGAGACCCCUUCUUCAAGACCUGGAAGUACGAAAAAAGUGAAGGAAGCAUUAGAAGGCAUGGGCACGCAGGAGGAAGAAAGUGAUUUAAUACCAUCUACUCUGCCAAAUACAUCUCCAGAAGAAGUUGUACAAGAGUGGCUAAGCAAAAUCCCUUCAGAAACAUUACUUAUGAAAUAUGAAAUGGAGGAAGCCAGAGAGGAGGCAUGUAUAGAGGCAACCACUGAGGAACAAACUUCUGAGGUGGUGUCAGAACCUGCCAAGGCCAGCCAGGCAGAAUGUAGCCAGUCAGUUGCAUCAAGCCAAAAUAACAUCAGAAGAGACCUGCCAACCUCUAUCCAGACUUCUGUGCAGAUCAUGAAGGCCUUGCUCGGUUCAAAACAUGAAACAAAAUUCGAUCGGUCACACAGUUUGCCUGAAGUGUCCCCCACUAUGGGGAGAAAACUGAGUGAUUCUGCCAUCAGUUUGAUUACUUGUCUUGCCAGUCUCCAGCUCCUUGAUGAAGAGUCAGAAGAUCCAUCAGAUAAAUCAAAGCGUUUGAAUAAGCCAAGGUAUAUGGAACUGCUAAAUAUUUUUCAAGCCCUGUGGUUCGGAUGCACAGCUGAAAAAAGUGGUCCAAGUUCAGGCCAAGAAGCAAGUGAUCAGGCAAAGGCAAGCUCUGGGUUUAAAGUCCCCAAAUCCAUAGAUGAUGACUUCACUCCCAUGUCCUCCUCUGGGGUUGAUGUUAGCAGUGGUUCCAGUGGCUCAGGAGAAGAGAGUACAGCUGGUGCCAGAGAUUGCACAUUAUUGGCACAGAAAACUUUUGAAUCCAAAUUAGCUGGACAAGAGGAAACUGCAGAGACUGGCACUGAACUGACUGAGGCUGAGGAGCAAGAUAAAGAGGAAGAGCAGUCAUCCCGACCUUCAACAGCCUGCUCAAAAUUGAAAGGUGAGGAAAAAGCACAGUCUACCAGAGAGGACUCUCUAAUUCAGGAGGCAGAAGAUAAUAAGGAGGAUCAGUGCAAUAACUGUGAAAAUGGUCAGGAGGAAGAGGGAGAAAACGAAAAUGAGGAAAACAAUAAAUUAGCUGAAAAUGGAGAACAAGGAGCUGAAGCUGUAAAUGAUGACCUCCCAAAAGAAAAUCUUCAGAAUGCAGCUGAUCAGCUAGCUACUACCAAUGAUGCAAACAUCAGUGAUGCCAAUAGUGACACAAAACUAAAAGCUGAUUUGGAAAAGCAGCUUGUAGAAGAGUCUCCAAAUGACCCAGAGUCCCAUGUUGAGGCAGACACUGCUGUGGACACAUCUCUUGUCCAACAGAACCCAAUGGAUCCGGACCCCAUCUGGGUCCUGAAGCUGCUCAAGAAAAUCGAGAAGGAGUUCAUGACUCACUACGUCAGUGCCAUGAAUGAGUUCAAAGUCAGGUGGAACCUACAGGACAACCAGCAGUUGGAUGAAAUGAUCCUGGAGCUGAAGGAGGAAGUGAGCAAAAGGAUACAAAAAAGCAUAGAGAGGGAGCUGAGGAAGAUCAAAAGCAGAGCAGGGAGGAAGACGCCAAGACCUCCGUGUCAACCACUCAAGCGUGAGUCAACGCUCCACAUUGAGCAGAGGAGACGGCGACUGCAGACUAUGCAUGAAAAGUCAUUCUUCAGUGACAAGAAUGGAACCCAGAGUAGGUUGGCAGGCACAUCAGAGUUAUCGUUUGAUGUAGACGAAGAGCUAGCAUUUAAUGCAGCUUUUGAGGCCAGUGUUAGUGAACAACCAAGUGAGGAAGAAUAUUGCCCAUGUGACUCUUGUGUGAGGAAAAAAAUGGUUUCCAAGCCCACAAGAAACCCAGUGGUGGCCACCAAUGCCCCAGUCAUGAAAGCAUUUGAUUUACAUCAGAUCCUGAAGAUGAAGAAAGAUGAUGAUGAGGAAAUCUGUGAAUCAGAAGCAGCCCAGGACAACAAGGCAGUUUCCAGCAACCCUCUAGAGGAAGCAGCAGAGAAUGGCAAUGCAAACAGGGAGAAUGAUGAAGGUGAACUCCAGCCAAGUGAGGUGGAAGAGGAGGGCAAUGAAGAAAAGGAGUCAGAAUUAAAUGAGGUGGGUGAAUCAGGGUUGAAUGAAGAUGCAGAAGAACCUGAAAUAUCAGGCAGUCAAAACUGUGAGAUGGAGGAUGAGGUUAAAGAUAAAGAGACCAGGGAAGAAGAAGUGGAGGAAGUGGAAGAAGAAGAGGAAAAAGAGGAAGCAAAAGAGGAGGAAGAAAUAAAGGAAGAGGAGGAGGAAGCACACAGGGAAGAGGAAGAACAAGAAGAAGAAACACAACAUGAAGAGCAGGAAGCUGAAGAGGAGUCUAAAGCUGAAGAUGAAGCUGAAAGAGAAGCAGAGGAACCAGAAAGUGGGGUUAAUGUGGCUGCUGAACAGGAGGAGGCAUCUGAAUAUGGAGGACAUGCUGAUGGCUCUGCGGCUGAUGACAGUGUUGAAGGAGAUGCUUCAGAAGGAAAUGAAGAAGCUGAGCAGGAAACCCGAGAUGAUGUUGAGGUGCUGGAAGAAGCAAACCCAGAGUCAGAAAGUGAGACAUGCUCACUCAAGGAGGAAAACAACAAUGAAGGAGGUGACAAAUGUGAGGAGAAUGAUGAGGAACCAACCAGUAAUGACCAUGACCAGGCAAAUGAAAAAUACAAAGAUGAAGGCAACAGCAAAGCUUCUCUGGGAGCUUCCAAGGUUCGAAGAAACAAAAACAUCAAAAGAUCAGAGACUUUGAACAAAGCAGCCGCCUUUUCUUGUUAUUCUUCCAUCGGAAACUUCUCACAGCAAUCCCAGAAAGGGUCUGAUGAUGAAGAAGAGGAAUGCAAAGACAACAAUAACCCCACAAGUGACCUCCCCAAUGGAGAGACUCAAAGUGAUGAGAGCAGCAAGCCUUCAAAGAUGUAUCCUGACAGUGAGGAAGAAGAAGAGGACAAAGCGUCUUCCUGCACUGAUCCCAUGGGAGAGGAGGAUCAGGUGGAUGCUGAAAGUGAAGAUCCAAAGGAGGAUGACCAUACUGAUGAGGUUCAGGCUUCUAAAAAGAAAGAAGACUCUGAUGAGAUUGACCAGGAUGACCUGGACUUCUAG